GGGCGCGGAGGGCGUGUCCAAGGACUCAAUGGGAAGAUAAAAUGCGAGCGCACCUUUGCUCGUCCACGCUUCCCCUUGCAAACAAGUGGACAGACAGAGGCUAUACAAGAACGGACUAGACCAUAUCAGGCGAAAUGGUGAAGAUUGGGAUCAAUGGAUUUGGGCGUAUCGGGCGCCUGGUGACCCGUGCUGCCGCCAAGAGUGGAAAAGUUGAGGUUGUCGCCAUAAAUGACCCCUUCAUUGACCUAGACUACAUGGUCUACAUGUUCAAGUAUGACUCCACCCACGGUGUUUGGAAGCACAGUGAAGUGAAGCAGGAGGGUGGAAAGCUUAUCAUUGGGAACCUCCACAUCACAGUUUUCCAUGAGAGGGACCCCACUGCCAUCAAAUGGGGCGAGGCCGGCGCUGACUAUGUUGUGGAGUCUACCGGUGUGUUCACCACCAUCGACAAGGCUUCUGCUCACCUGCAGGGAGGUGCCAAGAGGGUCAUCAUCUCCGCCCCCAGUGCAGAUGCCCCCAUGUUUGUGAUGGGCGUCAACCACGAGAAGUACGACAACUCCCUGAAGGUCGUCAGCAAUGCCUCCUGCACAACUAACUGCCUGGCUCCCAUCGCCAAGGUUAUCAACGACAACUUUGGCAUUGUGGAGGGUCUCAUGAGCACAGUUCAUGCCGUCACAGCUACACAGAAGACUGUUGACGGGCCCUCCGGUAAGCUGUGGAGAGAUGGACGUGGUGCUAGCCAGAACAUUAUCCCUGCCUCCACCGGCGCCGCCAAAGCUGUGGGAAAGGUUAUCCCCGAGCUGAACGGCAAGCUGACGGGCAUGGCCUUCCGUGUCCCCACUCCCAACGUGUCCGUGGUUGACCUGACUGUCCGUCUUGAGAAGGCUGCACCUUAUGACGAGAUCAAGAAGGUAAUCAAGGCUGCUGCUGAAGGACCCAUGAAAGGAAUUCUGGGAUACACAGAGGACCAGGUGGUGUCCACAGACUUCAACAGUGACUGCCGGUCCUCAAUCUUUGACGCCGGUGCAGGAAUUGCACUCAACGACCACUUUGUCAAGCUGGUCUCGUGGUACGACAACGAGUUUGGCUACAGCAACCGUGUCGUUGACCUGUGUCUGCACAUGGCCUCCAAGGAGUGAACACAACUCCAAACCCCCACAUCCUUCUGAACGGACAUCCCACCAGAGAAAAAGAGCCUGUAGAGAACUCAAAGGCAACAUUUUCAUUCAACGUCACCUCUAGUGUGAGGACUGAAUAUGAUUUUUGCUUGAAGAGUAUCUUUUUACUGCACUAUGGCUAAAUUUGCACUCCGACAAUAAAGGUCCCGUUUGUGAAAACUGUC